AUGUCCGCAGAGAUCAGCAAUAAUAAUAAGUCGCAGUAUACGAGCGGUAAUGUGGAGAGAGGUGAUAUGAUUACGAGUGAUAAUGACAAUAAUAAUGCACCAUCGCAAACGUCGAAUAGCAGUAAUAAUAACAACAACAACAACAUAACAACGCAACGCAGUAAUUGUGAUAAUGACAACAAUAACAAUACGGCAGCAAUGCCCCAAUCGAAUAAGACGCAGAAGAACAAAAAGCGUCGCGAUCAAAAGACAUUUGAUCUGUUCGAGUUGUUCGAUAAGCACCAGUCGUCUGUUGGCAAUUGGGCCGAUGCAGCCUUGGAGAAUUCCUUCCGAUUUCCGGAUCAGUCACCCCUUCAACAGACGAGUUCUUUCGAAACAAGUGUAAAGGGUGAUAAAAGUUAUGCGAAUGAUCAACUACGAGACACGUCCUUAUCAGCUCGUGACACCUCUGAUAACGCACGUCAGCGUGUUCGUCAAGAGCAACGCAGAUCCUCGUUGGCUGGUUUAUCGGAUUCCAGAUCAUCGCACCCUUAUGCUCGACAUCAUGUCCCCUACGAUAGUCGAUCGUCGAUGGACUAUCAAAACGCCGAUCAUCAGUACAUCGCCGAUCAGGCACCGUUCGAAAUAUUCGUGACAAAUAUCAAUUACAAUUCGACCAAGGAAGAAUUGUUCUAUUCGUUCGGUGGUGAAGAGGGCGGUGUGCUGAGUGUGGUGCUGAGCGAAGAGCAGGGACAUGGUGCUAAGCGUGGCACUGCAACCGUCACUUUCAACUCGCGAGAAGCCCUCUUGACGGCUCUGAAAUGUGAUCGUAUGGAGCUUCAAGGUCGGGUGCUAAGGGUUUCACCGAAACAUCGUCAACAACGUGGUGCCUCAAAAUCGCGUAGAGAUGAUUACCGCAACGAUAACCUGAACUACGGUACUUAUGGAGCACCGGCAGGUCAGGAUGGUCCGUACGGUCAGUAUCGAAGCAACUCGUAUGCGGGUGUGAACUCGAUGGUGACAUCGUCUACUGCAGCUGUGACUGGAAAUGCCUCCCUUCCCCCUAGACCCCGCGGCGUCCAUGCGGGAGCUCCUUCUUCAUCAUCAGCUUAUCACGGUGGUGGUGGUGGGGCUGGGCCUGGUGCGCCUUACGCUCAGUACGAUGCAAGUUUGCCUUAUGUAGACCAACAACAACGUCCGGAUUUACAACGUCAUCCUGCAUAUUACGAUCACAAGCGUGCUGACUUCGGUAAUCGUUCGAUACGAUACGCGAGUAAUACACUGCCGAAUCCACAUCAUCAGCAACAGCGACGUGUAUCUAAAUUCAGUCGCCCAUACGCCGGACGACAUUCGAUGUACGAGACGAGCACUGUGAAUGAGCAAUAUCACGGCUCAAGUUAUGAUAUCAGUAACCGAAGUAUGGGUCGAGUUCGGACUGAUAGCAUGACAAGUAUGCCGCAAACAGGUGCCGGUGGAAGGGUGUAUCACGAUGAGGAUCAGUCCCAAGCUCAGCAUCAGAUACAUCAUGAAAGACGUAAACUCGAACUGCAACCUCGCACGAAACCGAUCGGUGCCGACGAUACUGAUCAACCGGCCAGGAAGAGCAGUAUUUUUGGUGAGGCGAAACCGGUGGAUACCUCCGAGAAAGAGAGGCAAGCCGAGGAAAGGCUGCGUUUAGAAGACGAGGCCUUCAGAAAAUCGUCAGCAUCCAGUGUGAGAAAAUUAAGUGGCGGUGAAUAUGCGGUAUCGGGCAGAUCUUCGUCAUCGUCGUACGGUGCUGGAGGGGGUUCGGGUGGUAGCAAUAAAGUGGUUCUGAUGAAGUCAGCCUCUCAUGACGGCGUUCACGGAAUGGUCACCAAGCAGAAUUCUUUGCUUGAUGAGCCGUUGAUCGAGGAGAUGACUAAUUUGAAUACGAACACGCUUGAGUACCACAAUCAAGCAAAACCACCGUCAUAUCCCGGACCCCCGUCCAGAUCCCCUUCUCGGACGCAUUAUUCGAAACAGCGUCAUCGAGGAGACCAGUAUUAUCAAAAUCAACGAUACCAUCAUCAGAGUCCAUCGCCACGUUUACCACCAAAACCACCCCAACCUCAGCUUUCUGCCACUCAUCCCUUAACCGUCCCAAAUGCCCCUAUUUCAUCCGGAGGCUAUAGUCAGCAACAACAGCAAGGUUUGGAUUAUCAGCAGCAGUCGGUGGAUCAAAAUGAAUAUCAAGCUCAGGGUCAGUCGUACGAACCGUCAGCCCGCAAGCAUUCGAUAACAACCUCGUCGAACGUAUCAUUAUCGUCCUCAUCGUGCACCUCGCCAGUAUCAUCCACCUAUCACCAGCAGCAGAAUGCCAGCAAUAAUCAGUCGUCAACCCUUCUAACCAAUCGUCCAUCCUCACCAGCCUCUUCGUUUCGAUCGCGUUCUAAAGACUAUGUUAUGGUUGACUCGUCAAACAGCGUUGAGUGUUCGCAACAUCAGCCUCAACAGCAUCGUGCAUCAAAACACGGAUAUAAUCGCACAUUCACGCGAUCAUCGUUCCGUGCGAACGCAUCACACAACAAACCACCACCACAAAUACCUCCUGAGGCAGCAACUUCAGGCUGUAAUGGCACUGAACGAAGCCAGAAUCCCAUAAUGACAUCUGCAAGUAGUCCUAGUAUUACGGCUGCGAAUAGCACCGACACCCAUCGAGGAUCAACUCAGCAACAGCAAGAAGGAGGUAAUGCACGUCGGGGGGGAUCGAAUAGACGGGGCGGGGUUGGGAGAAGGGGUACAUCGGGGGGAGGUGGCACAAGUAAGGAUAAGAAACGAAGGCCAGUGAGUCGUGAAGAACAUCCGAAAGCGUCUGGCGGCAACGGUAGCAAUGAGGCAGAUCGUCAGCAAGCAAGACGAUCGUCAGUAUCUUCGUCAGCAACCAACUCAUCAUCGAAGAAACACCACCAGACUCGAAGGGAAUCAACAGGAAAAGCGGUUGAUUACGCAACGAAAAGAGAUAACACCUCAACAAAACACGAAUCCACCACGGCGAUUAGUGACACAACGAAACACAAACCAGAAGAACCAAUCGCUGGUAAAAAGGAACCAUCGAAAAAGGAGAAGAAAAAGCAGGCGGCAAAGGAUAUGCCGAAGGUGGAGCCGAAGUCAAUAAACUUCUCCUCGCAGAACAAAUAUGCAGCAUUGCUGGAAACGGAUGAAUAG